AUGCACCUAAAUGAUGAGGAGAUGUUUGUGGAGGACAAUAAACGUUCGCGUGAGAUGAUGCUUGCUGAUUCAUUUAUGCCUUCUCCUGGUCCUCAACCUCUUCUUUUGGAGACUAGUUCGGGCCAUUCGGGUGGAGCACCUACUACUACCCUUCAGGGAGAAGAUGAUCCCCCUGCGAAGCGGCAACUCAUGGAAACGGAAGUGCUGCCUCAAGAUGAUCUGGAACCUGCCAACAGCGAGUGGCCCCAUGGGGCUGAAUGA